UGGAUAUAGCACAAAAUAAUGCAUGAUCAGUUAUUUUAAGUUUGCCAUUUCAUUGUUUCAUUAUGUUCCUCUAAACAUAUGUUGACUUUUUAGGGUUCCACCCCAAGCAUAGCUUCUUGAGUCUGUUGAGACUAAUCUGGAUAUAUUUUCUGAUGGCCUCAGUGUGUCCAAUUAGUCCCAUUAGCAAGGGAUCACCAAGGUAGCUGGUUAUAAACAUCCAUCUAACAAUUCUCAUUUUCAAGGACACUGGUACCUGUCCCAAGGUGGGGUGUGACGGGUGCUGCCUUUUUGUUCACUUUUGGCCAGUUUGGUGUGGAUUUUUCCAGGACUAUUUAGACUUAGACCCAUAGACCUUCAUUUCCUGUAAGUGACCCAAUGAUCAUUGUCUCCAAGACUCUAUCUUACCGGCUUACCUUAAUUCUCUCAAGCUUUAGGUACCCCUACUUGGAGUUCUUAUCAGGGACACCCAGUAUAUUUUAGGUUUUCCCUCCCAGGUGAGAGGAGUCCUAAGAAUGUGGUAAGUGGGGGAGAUUUGAGAGGUGGCAUCUGAAGGAGAUGUUCAGUAGAAAAGCUUAGCAGGCCUUACAAAAAUGUGUUGUCGAUCUAAGGUGUUUAGGCAGACAGGAAGUGUUUGUGUACAAAGGCAAAUGAGAUGAUUCAGUUGGGUGGAAGGUAGAGCUUUCCUCACUAGUUUCCAAAUGUGUGCAAAGGGCUCUUGAUAGUCCUUGUGGGGGCCACAGGCUUUGGAGGUCAGGUAUCAUGUUCAUCUUAUUAGAAUGGUUCCACUUUCAUUGGUUUUGUAUAUUGGAGUGCCAUGUAAGAUUUCAUUUGAAGAAACUUGCUAAAGACAGUUUGCAACUGGCCGGACCAAAGCAAUUUUCUGAGGUAGUGAAAGGUUUACUGCAAUGACCUGAUGUAGGUUUUCUGAGACCCUGUGCAGGAGUAUCCAACAGGUUGUGAAGAUACUAAUCUGCAAUAGACAAGAAGUAACCCAAACUUAGAAUAGCUCAAUCAUAUUUAUAGAAGUCAAACAAGAAGCUCUCCAAACAUAAAAUCAUCUCUACAGUGAUCUGUAAUCAAAUGUUUUGAUGCAACAUAUUGUGUUCAUUCUUUAUUGCUCAAUUGACUGUUGUAAUGGGAUGGAAGCAAACAUGCUAAACAGAUGUGCCUCAGCCUUGCUGUCAUGUACGGAGAGUGGCUCACAUAUGCCUCUUUAAAUAAUUUCACGAGAGUGGACCCAGGGAUCUACUCUGAAUUUUAAAAAAAGAGAAAGAAAAAGGAGAGAAAAGCCUAGUGCAAAUUACAGCCUUCUCCAUUAAUAACACAUUUAUAGAUAUUUCAAGUAACAUAUAUGCUCUAAAGACAGAAGCAAAUAACUUAGGCAAGCAGUAUAAAUGAAUAAUUUGGAUGUCUCUAAAUCUGCUAUAUAACUUGUGUGCCUAUACGAGUUUUUAUUCCAAAUCAAAAAAAUAAUGAUAAAGGUAAAACAGACCUUUGAAUAAAAAUUUACAGAACUCUUAAAGUACCUCCAUGGAUCUCAGUGUUCUACAUAACACAAAGGCCACAGAUUGAAUGCCUCAUGAAUAAGGACUUCAAUGCCUUGUUCUUGUAUGAUGCUUUAUGUUCAUCUUCUUUAAGAUAUUAUCUUGUACUUAUUUUAUAAGAAAAAUCCAGUUUCUUCACACACCUUUCUCAGAAACAGAUAAAGUAGUAAAAUGUAAAUAAAGGUAAUAUCAGAUUGAAAAACAUAACUAGCAUACAACUAACAGGGUAUAUAGAUCAUUUUCAAACCGUCAUGGAACAUUCAUAAAACUUAAGAAAUCCCUCAAAAUUUGAUAUUAUGGCAGAACAAUUUUGCUGACCCAAGAUGCAAUAAAAUUAGAAAUCAACAGCAGUAGCUAAACAGCCAACUGUGAUGAGACAGGUUAAUUUAGAAAUUGGCUGGAUGGUUGCAAGUACAUUGUAGUUUCUGGGUCCUUUUGCGUAAGUAAAUCCAAGGCACACCCCAUUCUAUAAACAGCUGCUGACAGAAAUGCAAACAGUCCUUUCCAAGACUGCACACUGAAUGGGUGGAACAAGGAAAGACUUCCUGAGAAUCCAUAAGAAGUAUAUCCGAUUAGACCUUGUCAAUUGGGUGAACCACUGAGUUCUUCAUUAUGUCUGAUGGAGAUUAUGAUUACCUCAUCAAGUUUUUAGCUUUGGGAGACUCUGGAGUGGGGAAAACCAGUGUACUUUACCAGUACACAGAUGGCAAAUUUAACUCCAAAUUUAUCACAACAGUGGGCAUUGAUUUCAGGGAAAAGAGAGUGGUGUACAGAGCCAAUGGGCCAGAUGGAGCCAUUGGCAGAGGUCAGAGAAUCCACCUGCAAUUAUGGGACACAGCAGGGCAGGAGAGGUUUCGUAGCUUGACAACAGCAUUCUUCAGAGAUGCUAUGGGGUUUCUUCUGCUUUUUGAUCUGACAAAUGAGCAAAGUUUCCUCAAUGUCAGAAACUGGAUAAGCCAGCUACAAAUGCAUGCAUAUUGUGAAAACCCAGAUAUAGUGUUAUGUGGAAAUAAGAGUGAUCUAGAAGACCAGAGAGUAGUAAAAGAGGAAGAAGCAAGAGGACUUGCAGAGAAAUAUGGAAUCCCCUACUUUGAAACUAGUGCUGCCAACGGGACAAACAUAAACCAAGCAAUCGAGAUGCUCCUGGACCUGAUAAUGAAGCGAAUGGAACGGUGUGUAGACAAAUCCUGGAUUCCUGAAGGAGUGGUACGAUCCAAUGGUCACACCUCCACAGAUCACUUGAAUGAAGAAAAGGAGAAGGGGAUAUGUGGCUGCUGAAGAGUCCAGUGAGCUACACAAUAACUCAAGGGUCUGUGAUCUUCUCUGUGUGUAAUACAUGGCACAGAGAGAGAUGAACCGACGUGUACAAACUGCUUCUCACCGUCCCAAUUAGAGCUGUCAAUUAAAGCAUCUGGUUUCAAAAUUAAUUUGCUGCAGCUUUGUAAAUAUUUAAGAUUCGGCCUGAGAGUUGUGAGAAUGUUUCACAUUGCCAAAAGUGCCUUAUAAAACUUUAGCCCAUGACAGUAGAUCAGUCAAGAAUUGAGGAUUCUGUGGUUACAGAAGAGUGCAUUUAUUAAGUAGAAUGACUAAAGAUGCCAUCACCUGCCUUAAUAUAGAUCAGUCCAGAGUCCAACUCUUAAAAUCUUAGGUACAAUUAUAAAACAAUUAAUCCAAAUUUAAAAAACCAUACUUGUACUGUAGGUGACCUUGUAAAAUGCCAUCUAAACCACUUGAAUGUUAACUAAGAAUAUAUACAAAUGUCAGUUCAAUAUCUGUGAGUAUUUAUAUAAAUAUUAUCUUUAAAAUGAAUAUAGGAUAACUUAUGGUUAUGUCUAUAGACUCUGGAUAAACUGGAUUGACCAGUUAUACACUCGCUUUGACUCUUGGUAGGUAAGGAAUUGGGGGUGAGGUCAGGGGUGUCUUAAUAUAGCAUGAGCAACUGAAGUGGGGCUUCUAGCUCCCUGCUAUAUUCCCACUGCUCUGAAGGGUUGAUCGAAGGAUCAGGGAAUUAGAUUUUUAUGGCUUUAUUUCACUGUGACCUGUGCAUUUAUAUUUGGCUUAUGUGCUGGCCACAUUUGGACAUAGCUGGUGCUUAUGCUGAAGUUAUUUGUGAUAAGUAAACAUUUAGCUGCUUUUUCUUCAUAUUUAUAAUGUUGUUCUGGCAUCCUCAGACAGUAGUUUUAAUUAGCUUAUGAACUACUAAUCUUUUGUCUCACCAUCAUGCUUUAUGUCAUUGAUAUUUGCAAUUUGUUUUAUUUUUUACAUUGGUGGAAUUGAAGGAAUUAGUUUUUAAUUACAUAAAAUGUUUGUUUGCUAUUUGGUAGAUAAAAGAUGUUUGUAUUUAAGCAGUUAUACUAUAGCUGAAUAUAAGAAAAAUGAAGCCUUCUAUAGCCUGUAUUUUUUAUUGAGAUCACGGGCAUUUAUUGCACUUGCUGGGUCUUGCCAAGCUCAUGGAUUCCUCUGUAAUGCUUAACAGUCUUCAUAUCAAAUUCAAGGUAGUUUUAAAAUAUGCCUUAUGGCAGGUGUUUAUAAAGGUCAAUAGGGGAAAAUUCUUAUUUAUUAAAGUGGUUUAAAGAAAUUAGAUUAAAAGUUCCAAAGAGCUUAGUCGCUAUUUAGGAAGAAAUAUCACUCAUUGUAAUUUAAACAAAGAAUAAAAGUAAAUGUAUUUUGUGGUGGCAAAUGCUUGGAAGAACUGUAAUGAUAAAAAUACAGCAGUGAUGGAAAGUAAUUACUUUUAUAUGGUAAUUUUCAAAUAGUUUUUUAUUGAGUAUCCUGUUUUUUUGCCAGUUCCCUCCCACAACUCCUUUAAAACACCUAGCUGUGGUUACUAAGAUCUUACAUAUUUCUAGUCUUGAAAUGAAGACUUCUUUUAAAUACUGAAGAAGUCAUUGAGUCCUGUGCAUUUGAACUGUGUUAUUUCAGUGAGACGAAGAUUCAGACAUUACAAGGGCAGGGUCAUAAUCACAAGCAGUGCCUUUUAAAGUUGCCGUAAGACUUCAGUGAGGUGAAUUAUAAUUUUACUGCUACGUAUCAGGCAGCAUUUUAUAUAUAGUUAAAAAGAAGACAAUAUUUGUAUGUUUCACUUUUUCAAGAACCAAAUGAGCAAUUAGCUACAUAUCCCAUUGGCCUUAUCUAUAAUACACAAUUAAACAUAUACAUGAUAGAGUGCACAUGCAGGAACUAUCUUUAAUUAUUGAAAUAAAUAACCUGUAUUCUCUUGGGAAAUCACUUGUUUGAAUUUGCUAUUGAAGUAACAUAUUUUUUGCAUCAAUGUAUUUUUCUAUUUAUAAGAUUGUGUAAAAGUGAAGUGUAUCUUAAGUGAACUUUGUGCCAAUUAAGCUUAUAAUUAAAAAGUAGUCUAGUCAAGUUUGUGUGUGAAUAUAAUUUCAUUUCCUAUCACAGUAAAGUUUCAAAGAAGAAGUUAGAAUACUAGAGAAAACUAAAUUCAGGGAUACAAAUUUCAUUAGAUGUUUGAUGAGGAGCCAGCCAAGACAA